GAGUCAUCACCUGCACCCUCAGCAAGGGUUGUGCUGCUCUUCCUGAGGUGCUGGAAAGGUGUCCCAGGUCAUGAGGACUCUUCUGGUCCACUGGCUUUGUGUGCCCAUGAUGGCUCCUGGUACCAGGUUCCCUGCAGCAGAGAUGCAGGGUAGUGACUCAUCUGAGGAAGAGGGGGAUGGCUCGGAGGAGGAGGAAGAGGGGGAGCCAUUUUAUGCUGGCACCAGGGCAGCUGGACACCCUGCUGGAGCAGCCCCUGAGGACUGCCAAGGUGCACUUGGAGGAGACGUCACAUCCCCCCAUCAGGGCAAGGGCUGCCAAAGGAUCAGGCAGAGAACUGGCAGCAAGGGGGAAGACUCUGAAAAUGAAGACAGUGAUGAGAAUGAGGAGGAAGAAGAAGUAGAUGAGAAUGAGAAUGGUGUCAAUGGCACAAGCACCAACACCACAGAGGGUAUUGGACCUCAUGGCAAUGACACUAUGGUGGCUGAGGAAGGCACUGGUGAAGCUGAGGAAGAGGAGGAGGAAGAAGAAGAAGAAGAAGAGGAGGAGGAGGAGGAAGCUGAAGCCACCACCAUUGCAAGCACCACCAACGAAGAGGGUCUGACACAGGCGACCACUAUGGAUGAUGGGGGUCCCAUAGAUGUCACCACAGAUGCCACCACAGCUGGGGGGCUGUGGGAGUAUGAUGUGACAGCCAGGGACCACAGCCGGGGUGAUGAGGGCACCACUGAGGGUGGGUAUGAGGAACAGGAUGAGUAUGCACGCGGGGACAGCUACCGGGCCUACGAGGAUGAGUACAGCUACUACAAAGGGCAUGGGUACGAUGUGUAUGGCCAGGAUUACUACUACAGUCAGUGAGCAUGGGGGCAGUCCUGGUGCUGCCUCUGCCAGCCCCAGCCACUCAGGAAGGUACAUUCAAAGGUUCCCUGGAGCCACCGCAUGCCAGAGAGGAUGCUAGGCAGCUUGCCAUGUACAUUGGCUCCAUCCAAGGCUUUUUUUUUGUAUCUUGCAAACUGAAAUGAA